UUCAGGAAGACUUGAGAAGGGUCUGAGGGGUCAGGUGGGGAGACCCCGGAUGCCACUGUAUCACAUUAAUCUGCCCCAGUUUCCAGAGAUCCAUAUGUACUAAAGGUGUCCUCCUCAGCACUCUAGUGCUUCUGUGGGUUGGGAGCCUAGGAAGACCCCUCCACCCCUCUCCUAAGCUGUCCUUAAAUUCUCUUCCUCAUUGCCACCAGAUUUUCAAAUGGCUGGCUAGUAGGUGACAGCUUAGGGUAGGAGUCCUGGGUUAAAUCCUGCCUCUGCACAGCUUGCACCAGUCACAGACAGGAAUGAGGUGACUAACUUUGGCUUAGCCCCCAGUUCAUACAGAAAGAGCUUCCUGGCUGGUCCUUCCUUUGCUUACUAGACAGUUGGGAGCUAUGACUCUCGCACUAGCGACUGGGUAUGACCAAGGCUGUGGGUAUAUCCUAAUGUGCUACUAUUGAAGCCCAGGAGAACAGUGAAAUAGAGGACAGAAAGACUGGUGUAGAAGGUGGGGCUUGGGGCUAGCUCUGCCCUUAGCUCACUGCUGCCCUCUGCAGGCUGAUGUUUCCAGAAAUCCAUGGGCAGUAGUCAAAUGCCAGACUUGUGAUAGUAGAGGUAAAUAAUGAGGCCCCUGCUGGGUACAGUCAGAGGCCUCUUUGACAGCCAUCUCUCGGAUCCUGGGCUAUUGGGUCAGAGAACUUAACAGCUGCUGAGGUAGCCGGAGGUUUCUAAGGGGACCAGAGCUGUUUCUGGGUAUCAGGAUGAACCAGCUCUUAUGGAGACUGGUACUGACAUACUGCUGUUGGCCUCAUCCUAGCAACAGACUCUAGGGGUGCACAGAUGAACCCAAGCUCAGGACACCACAGGAAAAUACAGUGUUUGCACAGCAGAGCCUUAAAUCCCAGGAUACCACCUGCUGGUAGUGACCCUGGGCAAGUUCCCAAGGCCACACCUGUUUCCUUGUUUGAGCGAGGGCAGAGGUUCAUCCUUUAGCUCCUGUGCUGUCAGGGUUACUUUGCUUCUGCGUCACAUUUGUCUCUGGAACUGGGAGCCCCCGUAGACCCAUUACACAUAGAUGCAGCUGACGGUUGCCUUGGCAACAGCUCAAGAAGCAGCAGCUUUCCUGGCUUGGAGUGCAGGGGGAGCAGCCCCUCCCUUGAGUUAGAGAGGAGCUGGGCCUGUGACACUUGGCCACCUGGGACCUCAGGACUGGUUUGCUGGGCCCCCAUAUUUGGGAGGAGGUUUGUGGGGCUUCCCCUCAGGGUGCAGUCACUUGGCCUCCUUCACACCUGACGCUCUGGAGUCUCACCAGAUAGGAACUGGUUGGAGCAAAGGGGUCAGAAUGCAGCACCCCUGAGGAGUGCUGGCCUGAACAAGUGGGAAUAGUGGGAAGAGAGGUAAGAUGGAGAGCUUCUCACCACAGACAGGCUCUUUGACAGAAGAAGCUCUGCAACCUCAGACCAGCCCUGAGACCCUGGGCCAGGAGCAGAACCUUCCUGUCUUCUGAAAUGCGAGUGACAAGUUCCCCUUGCUAGGACUAAUGAAACUGGGUAUAUGAGUUCCAGUGUCUUAUGGUGGAUGGCAGGUAUAGACAUAAGUAUAUUUAUUGUUAAUGUGGCCAGCAAGACAGGGACCCCAAGGGAUGGGUGCUGUGUGACAGAGAUGGCCUAGAUGAGGGAUAGUGUUUCUCAGGAAAGAAAGGGAACCCAGACCCAUAAGUGUGCCCAGGGUGGGGGAUGACAGGGUGGUGUAAUGAAAUGGAUGGAAGGCCACGGUAUCCCAGGUGCCACACUGCCCUUCAAUUUGGGAUCUGCAGAGUAAACAGCCCUUGCUGAAGGUUAUGCAGAUGUGAAUACUGCCAGCUCUUCCUCCCUAAUGUGGGUAGGUGGGGACUGGUAACUCAUGAAGCAUAAGAGAAGCAGAGAUUCUCAGAUGAUCCUCAGUCUAUCACCCCAAAGAGAAGGGUGCCCUCCGGGUAUUCAAUCUCAGAACUGUCACUGUGAUCCCUGAUGUCCCAGCCACCUACCAGGACUACAGAUGGGUUCAGUCCAUACAUUUCCACCCCUGAACCUCAAGUUCAGAGUGGAAUGGUUGAGGGGAAGCCACAGGGUCAGAGUCAGUGUUAGCCUGGGCCUAGACUCUAUUUGCAGUUUGGAAGACCACUCUCCUAGAGAUGACAGCCAGGCCACUUUGGCAGGAUGCAGGAUGCAGCAGGAUAGCUUGGUUGCCCCAGCAACAGGCAGGCAACUGAUUCAAUGACUAAUAGACAGGGAGCUUGGCAUGCAGCUGAACACUUUCAGCCUUCCCCAAUGGACACGGGAGCUUCAUGCUCUUUUUACUGAUUGUGGGUGAUAAUUCUACUUCAGGGGUACUGGCCCCUUAUGUUGUGCUAGAUGUGCAUCAGGACCAAAGAACGGCUCCCUCCUGGGCAUUCUGGCCUCCGGGACAGGUGCCAACCCUACCCUGGACUCAUGGGUUUAAGGGCCAAACCACAGACUCAUGCCCUGACUCACUGCUUAGCCUCUUGUGGAAAAGGCCUGGGUAGUAUCUGUCCUGGCCCCAAUUGGACAAGGGUAUUGGUGAGGACACAGGAAACACAUUCUGUCACGCUGCCCUAGGUGGUUGGGGCUCAGCUGGGGCAUUGGCCUUGGAUGUGGGAGCAGAACACACCUGUCUCUACUGAGGUCCCAGCAGUACUUUCUCACAGAACCAACGCUGUGUCUGACACUCCCAUAUGAGGGUAUCUGUCACUACAUCCUAGGGCCACUGUACAAGGGACACAAAGGUCACUUGUCCAGUGUGGCAGCAGAAUCCAUAGAGUCACCUCCAGGGACUCAGCACAAUGCAGGGUGGUGUCAGACCCAUGGGCUUCAGUGGUGCAGUGAGAAAGCAGUGGGCAAACUGAUGUUGUGCUCACUGCAGGUGGCUGCCAUGUCGACCUUGCUGGACAUCAAAAGCAGCGUGCUCAGGCAGGUGCAGGUGUGCCCUUCCUUCCGCCGCAAGACAGAGCAGGAGCCCGAGAGCACAGGCACGGACUCACAGGAGCCUCCCACAGGAGCCUGGAAACCCGGGGAUGGUGUGGAGUUUUUCGCCCACAUGCGCCUCAUCCUGAAAAAGGGGGAUGGCAGACAGGGCCUGCCAUGCCCUGAGGUUCUUUUGCGAAGUGGUUCCCCAGCCCCUGCUGAGCCUGUGGACCCCAACCGUGGCAUGAGAGCCCUGACCCAGGAGGAGGUGGAGAUGCUCUACGAGGAGGCCUUAUACACAGUCCUCCAUCGGGCAGGCACCAUGGGCCCCGACCAGGUAGAUGAUGAGGAAGUCUUGCUAAGCUACAUUCAGCAGGUGUUUGGCACCAGUUCUGAAGAACACAUGGAGGCCAUUGCACGUGUGAAGAAAGCCAAGGCUCCCACAUAUGUCCUGAAAGUUUCUGUCAUGCGUGCCAAGAACCUUCUGGCUAAAGACCCCAAUGGCUUCAGUGACCCGUACUGCAUGCUGGGCAUCCUGCCGGCCUCAAGUGCCCCACAGGAGUCAAGUGGGCAGAAGGAGCAGCGCUUUGGCUUCCGCAAGGGCAGCAAGCGUAGCAGCCCACUGCCCGCCAAGUGUAUCCAGGUCACCGAGGUCAAGAGCAGCACCUUGAAUCCUGUCUGGAAGGAACACUUCCUGUUUGAAAUUGAGGAUGUCAACACAGACCAGCUGCACCUGGACAUCUGGGACCACGACGAUGAUGUAUCCCUGGCAGAAGCGUGCAGGAAGCUGAAUGAAGUUAUUGGCCUGAAGGGCAUGAGCAGAUACUUCAAACAGAUUGUCAAGUCAGCCCGUGCAAAUGGUACAUCAGGGCCCACCGAGGACCACACUGAUGACUUCCUGGGAUGCCUCAACAUCCCUAUCAGGGAGGUGCCUGUGGCAGGUGCUGACCGCUGGUUUAAACUGGAACCACGCUCCAGUGCCUCCCGUGUGCAGGGAGACUGCCACCUGGUCCUCAAGCUGAUCACCACUCAGAGGGACACUGCUAUGAGUCAGCGUGGACGCUCGGGCUUCCUGUCCUACCUGUUGCUCCUCAGCCGUGUGCUUUGGUUUGAGCAUCGAGUGGAGGAGCCAAACUCCAGCAACUGGCGUGGUGAGCUUAGUGGGCCUGGGACCACAAUCCUUUGUCUGCAUGGAGCCCAAAGCAAUCUGUCACCCUUGCAGCUGGCAGUGCUGCACUGGCAAGUCAGUAGCCGCCACCAUCAGAUGCGCACCCUGGACUAUGGUUACCUGCUGGGGCUGUUGGAAGAUGUGCAGGCACACUGGGAGGAGGCGGCUUCACUACCCCAGGAACAGGAGGAGAGCCUAGCUGACAGCUUUUCUGCCUUCUCUGAGUUUGGGCUGAGGCUGCUGCGCCAGCUCCGAGAUUACUUCCCUGCCACCAACAGCACAGCUGUGUAUCGCUUGGAGUUGCUACUAAAGUGCCUUGAGAAGCUGCAGCUUUUCCAACCGGCCUUCCAGAUCUGUCCCUUCGAGACAGAGCUCAACAUGGACAUUGCUGCUGCCCUGAAGCGGGGCAACCGUGAGUGGUAUGACCAGCUCCUGAACACCAAGAGUCCUCGAGAGCAGCCGGGGCCGCAGCGCCUAGCAGGGCUUGUUGAGCUUGCAGACAUCAUCUAUGAGGACUUGCAGUCCUGCUAUGGGGUCUACGCCAGCCUCUUCCAUGGUAUCCUUAAGGUGGACUUCUUCACCCUUACCUUCCGGCAGCUGGAACGUCUGGUGGCUGAGGAGGCAUGGGUACUGACAGAGGAGCUGAGCCCCAAGAUGAACCUAGAGGUGGCUUCAGGGCUCUUUGAGCUUUACCUGACCCUGGCAGAUACCCAGCGCUUCUGGAGCUGCAUUCCUGGACGGGAAAGCCGCUCCUUAGCCCUGGCUGGCAUCCACACUCCGUUUCUGCCAGCCGUGAAGCUCUGGCUGCAGGUGCUGAGGGAUCAGGCCAAGUGGCGCCUGCAGGGAGCUGUGGAUGUAGACACGCUGGAGCCUGUGGAUGCCGCUUCCAAACACAGCAGCUCUGCAGCUACCGCCAGCCUCUGCCUUAGCCACAUCCAGGAGCUCUGGGUCCGCCUGGCCUGGCCUGACCCUGCCCAGGCCCAGGGGCUAGGCACUCAGCUCAGCCAGGACAUGUGUGAGGCCUCCCUCUUCUACACCGAACUGCUGAGGAAGAAGGUGGACACCCAGCCAGGGGCUGCUGGGGAAGCAGUGAGUGAACAGCUCUGUGUGGUGCUCAACAAUGUAGAGUUGGUACGCAGAGCUUCAGGGCAAGCACUAAGAGGCCUGGCAUGGCCUGAAGGGGCCAAUGGGCUGGAGGGAGUGCUCCCCCGCCCUCUACUCAGCUGCAUUCAGGCCCUGGAUGAAGAUCUCCAGAGGGAGGCCCACACUGUGACAGCACAUCUGACUUCCAAGAUGGUGGCAGACAUCAGGAAGUAUGUACAGCACAUCAGUCUGUCCCCUGACUCGAUUCAGAAUGAUGAGGCUGUAGCCCCACUCCUGAAGUACCUAGAUGAGAAGCUGGCCUUGCUGAAUGACUCACUGGUGAAAGAGAACCUGAACAGGGUGCUGGAGGCCCUCUGGGAGCUGCUGCUUCAGGCCAUACUGCAGGCACUGAGUGCAAACAGAGAUGUCUCUGCUGAUUUUUAUGGACGCUUCCACUUCACACUCGAGGCUCUGGUCAGUUUCUUCCAUGCUGAGGGCCAGGGGCUGCCCCUGGAGAACCUGAGGGAUGGAAGCUACAAGAGGCUGGAGGAGGAGCUGCGGCUACACAAAUGCUCCACCCGAGAGUGCAUCGAGCAGUUUUACCUGGACAAGCUCAAGCAGAGGUCUCUGGAGCAGAACCGGUUUGGGCGCCUGACUGUCCGAUGUCAUUACGAGGCAGCUGAGCAGCGGCUAGCUGUGGAGGUGCUGCACGCGGCCGAUCUGCUGCCCUUGGAUGCCAAUGGCCUGAGUGACCCCUUUGUGAUUGUGGAGCUUGGCCCACCACACCUCUUCCCACUGGUCCGCAGCCAGAGAACCCAAGUCAAAGCCCGGACAUUGCACCCGGUGUAUGAUGAGCUCUUCCACUUCUCUGUGCCUGCAGAGGCAUGCCGCCGCCGCGGGGCCUGUGUGCUGUUCACGGUUAUGGAUCACGACUGGCUGUCCACCAAUGACUUUGCUGGGGAGGCAGCCCUUGGCCUAGGUGGUAUCAGUGGCAUCACAAGGCCACAUGUGGGAGGGGGCAUGAGACCCGGGCAGCCCAUCACACUACACCUGCGCAGGCCCAGGGCCCAGGUGAGGUCUGCACUGCGGAUGCUAGAAGGCCGCACAAACAAAGAGGCCCAAGAGUUCGUCAAGAAACUCAAGGAGCUGGAGAAGUGCAUGGAGGCUGACCUCUGAGCACCCCGAUGGUCACAGCCUGGCUCUACUCAUUUCUCUGUGGGGCCCACUUUGUGAAGCCAGGGGUUCCGGGGG